AAUAAAAUUUUCAAAUUCGUAAUGACGAAAUCAACUUAAAGGACGCGGAGGCCACGCACUCACCAGAAAGAGAGAUGCCAACUGAAAAGUGAGAGAAACGAGAGUAUCUAGAGAGAGAGAGAGAGCCGAUUUGCCAUCUGCAUACGUACAUUCAUUCGUAUCUAUAAUUAAUCGUCACAUAUAGAAAUUAUGGAGAGAAUUGUUUUUAGGAUGCUUUCGUGGUGUUUAUUCUAAUUCAGUGAAUCAGUGGAUCUGGAAAUCUUUCUAUUGACCUGCAUUUUGUGUUAGUUUCCAUCGUUUAGUUCAAACUUCAGCACUAUAAUAGUGAAAUGAGAGAUUUAAAGAAGCAGCUGUGGGAGUAGAGGGAAUUUUUGGAAAAUCAAUAUUUGAAGAAAGCGAAAUAGAGGAAUGGAUGACAGAGGAGGAGGAUCAUUUGUUGCUGUGAGGAGAAUUUCUUCAAGUCUCGGCCGAGGAAAUAGUUACCACUCUACUUCUGCAGAGGUUGUGGCAGGAUCAGCAGCAUGGCUUGGCAGAGGCCUUUCAUGUGUUUGUGUUCAAAGAAGAGAGAACGAUGCUCACCCAUCAUUUGAUUUGACGCCUGCCCAGGAGGAAUGUCUACAGAGGCUGCAGCAGCGGAUAGAUGUUGCUUAUGAUAGUUCAAAUAUCGAACAUCAGGAAGCUCUGAGAGCAUUGUGGAAUGCAGCCUUUCCUGGGGAGGAACUUUCCGGUUUAAUAUCUGAGCAGUGGAAGGAAAUGGGUUGGCAGGGAAAAGAUCCGUCUACAGACUUCAGGGGUGGUGGUUUCAUAUCAUUGGAAAAUUUGUUAUUCUUUGCUAGGAACUUUCAGAAAUCUUUCCAAGAUCUUCUUCGAAAGCAGGAAGGUGAUCGGGCCAUGUGGGAAUACCCAUUUGCUGUUGCUGGUGUCAACAUCACAUUCAUGCUUAUUCAGAUGCUCGAUCUAGAAGCAGUAAAGCCCGGAACAGUGGUGGGAGCAACCUUUUUGAAGUUUCUUGCAGAAAAUGAAUCUGCAUUUGACCUUCUAUACUGUAUCACAUUCAAAUUAAUGGAUCACCAAUGGCUUGCCAUGCAUGCUUCUUACAUGGACUUCAAUACUGUGAUGAAAGCUACUCGUCGUCAGCUAGAAAGGGAGCUUCUGCAACAUAUCACAUGCCUCGAAGACUUGCCCUCGUAUAGCCUCCUUAAUCGAUAGUUUAGGUAGCAUGUGUUUCAAGUUGCUUUUCAAGUAGCUGACUUUGUAAUGCUGGAGCAAAUGCGCAAAUGCACAGGAUUUGCCUUGCUUCGAAACUUUGGAAAUAUGGGUUGGUUGCACUUGCGAUUCCUUUUCUUUUCCCUACUAAUGAUUGAUAAUCGGCAACUGUAAUAUGGCCUUUAUUCUUCACCUUUUACUGUUGAAAAGAUUUGUAAAUAA